GACUAACUAGAGGGUAGCCUCAGAAAUAGUUGUCAGCCUGGUCGAUAGAAAAACCCGAUAUCGAUCCUCCUGAUCCUCCAGAAACCCAGCACCGCCUGCACCACAUCAUCGCGAGCCAUGGAAAUGGUGCACACGGCCAUCGGGGUGGCGGGCACAGUGGCCUUGCUCUUGGUGGUCUGCCGUUCGGUUUCGCAGGUGGCUGGCUUGGUGGCGGAUGAAACCCGAGCUCCGAUCUCCUACUUGGUGAGCCGCGGCGAUCCAUUGGCAGAUCAGCUGACGACCGCCGAGGGGAUAACCCCACUGGUGAAGGGAGAUCGAAUGGAUGGUGCCUGUUCGGUGGUCCAAAGUAUUGGCGGUAAGGCGUGUGGCUUGCUAGGACCUCUGCUGCCCAAACUGGGCGGCGAUCGGAAGUCCGGCGACUCAAGGACAGAAGAGGAAGUGGACAAAAAGGAACCGGAGGCAGCAGCACCGGAACCGGAAGCCCCUGCUGAGGCAGAUCCACCGGAAGAGGAGUAAGCUCCGGGUUUG